CGGCUGUUUCGCUGAACUGUCUGAGAGCGGCGUUACCACGCAGGCGCAGAGCGGCGCUGAGCCCUUCUCGGAGCGACUACUGGUGUCUGCGCGGAGCAGCUGACGGACCGGCUUAAAUCUCACAGCAAAUCCCUUUAGCUGCGAGUUGGGAUGUCUUGACUGAUCCCUGCGGGAAGUUUCAGGAAAUGCAACAGGUGGAAGAGCUGUGGGAAUGAACCCUGGACCGUCCUGCUGUGCGUAACUGUCUGAAGGUGCCUGAGAGGAGGGAGACGGACUGACAAACAGCGCACUCUUUCACACGGUCAGGUGCCACCAUGGAUGACAGCAGUCUCACUGACUCAAAUGUGAAGGUGGCUGUUCGUGUGCGGCCAAUGAACAGGAGAGAAAAAGAGCUGAAAACAAAAUGUGUGGUGGAGAUGGAUGGGAACCAGACAGUUCUGUAUCCAGCUGUCACCACUGUGAACACAGGUGACCCCCGGAAUCAACCAAAGGUCUUUGCCUAUGACUACUGUUUCUGGUCUAUGGAUGAAUCUCAGAAAGACAAGUUUGCAGGUCAGGAUGUAGUGUUCCAGUGCCUUGGGGAGAGUCUGCUGAACAAUGCCUUCAUGGGAUACAACGCGUGCAUCUUUGCUUACGGACAGACAGGUUCUGGGAAGUCCUACACCAUGAUGGGCUCACCAGAGCAGCCUGGUCUGAUUCCUCGACUCUGCAGCUCCUUGUUCAUCAGGACUGAGCAGGAGGCCCGUGAGGGGGAGAGCUUCACUGUGGAGGUCUCCUACAUGGAGAUUUACAACGAGAAGGUCAGAGACCUGCUUGACCCAAAAGGAAGCCGACAAACACUCAGAGUCAGAGAGCACAAAGUUUUGGGGCCUUAUGUGGACGGUCUGUCCCGCCUGGCUGUGGCCAGCUACAAGGACAUCGAGUCUCUGAUGUCAGAGGGAAAUAAGUCUCGCACGGUGGCAGCCACAAACAUGAACGAAGAGAGCAGCAGAUCACACGCUGUGUUCAACGUCAUCCUCACACACACGCUCAUGGACCUGAAGUCAGGGACACGUGGAGAGAAGGUGAGCAAGCUGAGUCUGGUGGACCUGGCUGGAAGUGAGCGGGCGGCGAAGACCGGAGCCGCAGGAGAGAGGCUCAAAGAAGGCAGCAAUAUCAACAAAUCUCUCAGCACUCUGGGUUUAGUCAUCUCAGCUUUGGCUGAUCAGGGAGCAGGGAAGAACAAGAGCAAGUUUGUCCCCUAUAGAGACUCUGUGCUCACCUGGCUGCUCAAGGACAGCUUAGGAGGGAACAGUCGCACCGCCAUGGUCGCCACCAUCAGCCCAGCAGCAGACAACUACGAUGAGACACUGUCCACUUUGCGUUACGCCGACCGGGCCAAGAACAUCGUCAACCACGCGGUGGUGAACGAAGACCCCAAUGCAAGGAUCAUCCGCGAGCUGCGAGAGGAAGUGGAGAAACUGAAGGAGCAGCUCACCGAGGCUGAGUCUAUGAAGGCCCCCGAGCUCAAGGAGCGACUGGAAGAGUCUGAGAAGCUGAUCCAAGAGAUGACCGUGACCUGGGAGGAGAAACUUAGAAAGACUGAGGCUAUUGCACAGGAGCGUCAGAGGCAGCUGGAGAGCCUGGGCAUUUCUCUACAGUCGUCUGGUAUCAGAGUGGUUGAUGAUAAGCGCUUUCUGGUCAACCUCAACGCUGACCCCGCCCUCAACGAGCUGCUGGUCUACUACCUAAAAGAUCACACACGUGUGGGUUCAGCCAACUCACAGGACAUCCAGCUGUGUGGGAUGGCCAUCCAAGCAGAGCACUGUGUCAUUGACGUCACGGAGAACAACGGGGUGGUGCUCACUCCUCACCGCAAUGCCAGAACACAUGUGAAUGGUGUUGCAGUUGUGAAUCCCGUGCAGCUUCUUCACGGUGACAGGAUCCUGUGGGGACACAACCACUUUUUCAGGAUCAAUCUACCCAGACAUAUUCCCCACACAGGGAGUGAGGAUGAGGAGGGUGCUGCAAUGAAGACGUGUUUGAGUAGCGACCGUCUGGAGGUUGGGGAUUUGGAUGCCUACAGCGACGUGUCGAGCGAGAGGAGCUUCAGCUAUGAGUUUGCCCAGGCCGAGGUCAUGAUGAAAGGCAUGGGGAAGAACGACCCCUUGCAAUCAGUGUUACAGACCCUGGAGAGGCAGCACCAGGAGGAGAAACGCUGUGCUCUGGAGCGCCAGAGGCAGAUGUAUGAACAGGAGCUGCAGCAGCUCCGCCAGCGACUCACCCCUGAGAAACCCUCCCACCUUUUGGAUGCAUCAGGCCUCCCGGGCGGUGCUGCAGCCAGCUCGCACAAACGCGUGCGGCGCUGGAGCGAGGACAGAGAGGCCAUGAUGACCCGCAGCCUGCGACGUCUUAAAGAGCAGAUAGUUCGGGCUAGACUGUUGGCCCAGGAGGCCAGCUUCAUUGCUGAGGAGCUCAACAAAAGGACAGAGUAUCUGGUCACUCUGCAGAUACCUGCCGCCAACCUGGAUGCCAACAGAAAGCGUGAUGCAGUGCUGAGUGAACCGGCCAUCCAGGUCCGGCGUAAAGGUAAAGGGAAGCAGAUUUGGGCUCUGGAGAAGAUGGAGAACAGGCUGGUGGACAUGAGGGAGCUCUACCAGGAGUGGAAAGAGUUGGAUGAAGACAAUCCAAUGAUGCGCUCUUAUUUCAAACGUGCUGACCCUUUUUUCGAUGAGCAAGAGAAUCACAGUCUGAUCGGUGUGGCCAAUGUUUUCCUGGCCUGCUUGUUCUACGACAUCAAACUGCAGUAUGCAGUGCCCAUCAUCAACCAGAAGGGAGAGGUGGCGGGUCGGCUGCAUGUUGAAGUGUGGCGGGGUACAGAGAACUCUGAGGAAGAAGGCGGGCCUGACAAACAGCUGAGCGGCACAGAUGGAGAGCCACAUGAGCGCAGAUUCAACUGCGUGGUGAAACUCCUCCAGGCCACUGGACUUCCUCGCCACCUGUCCAACUUUGUCUUCUGCCAGUAUCACUUCUGGGGGCAGGAGGAGCCUGUGUUCACUGCUCCAGAGGUGGCCUCUUCCAGCUCAUCAUCUGCCUCCAGAGACCCUCAGUGUACUGUGGUCUUUGACAGCGCCAAGGAGUUGUCUGUGCCAGUAUCGGAGGACUUUGUGGAAUUUCUGGCUGAGGGGGCGGUGGCCAUCGAAGUGUACGGCCACAAACAGGCUAACCAUCGCAGGAAUCUGGCACUGUGGGACCUAGGAGUCAUCCAAGCCAAGACCAGAUCCCUCAGAGAGAGGUGGAGUGAGGUGACCCGUCGCCUUGAAUUGUGGGUGCAGGUGAUGGAGCUGAAUGAGGCGGGAGAGUUCACAGCCGUAGAAGUGGUUCCUGCUAAAGAUGUCCGCACAGGAGGAAUCUUGCAGCUCAAACAGGGACAGUCUCGUCGAGUACAGGUGGAGGUGCGCUCAGUCCCAGACUCGGGCACCAUGCCCCUCAUUGCAGGCUCUAUCAUUUCUGUUUCUAUUGGAGAUGUAAAGGUCCGACAGAUGCAUCUCUCCAAAAAUGACCCACAAUGGGGCACAGAUGAAGAAAUGGACAGCUAUCAGGAGGUGGACCUGGAGAGGAUGAGGGAACAGUGGCUGGUCACACUCACUCAGAGACAGGAAUAUCUGGACCAGCAGCUGCAGAAGAUCGUCUCUAAACCAGAUAAGUCAGAGGACGAUGUUGAAAGGGAGUCGCAGCUGUUGGAGUGUCGUCUGACCCUCACUGAGGAGCGUAAUGCUGUUCUGGUUCCAUUUGCUGGGAGUGGCAUUCCUGGAGCACCAGCAGAGAGGGUUCCUGUACCUGGAAUGGAAACGCACAUUCCUGUCCUGUUUCUGGAUCUCAGUGCGGAUGAUUUCCAGUCCAGUCUUUCAGCCCCGCUGGCUGGGGGGCUAGAUGCGCUUCUCAGUGGGGAAGAUGAGGAGGAUUUCUUUGACCUCCAUAUUGUUAAACACUAUGAUCCAGAGGUGAAGGUUGAGGCAUCCUGGGACUCAACAGUCCACGAGUGCACCCAGCUGAGUCGCGUGGCACCCGCUGACCAGAGGGUGUACCUUACAGUCCGCACAGUGGUGCAGCUGAGCCAUCCGGCCCACAUGCAGCUGGUCCUCAGGAAACGCAUCUGCGUCAGUGUUACUGGCAGACAGGGUUUUGCCCAGAGCUUUCUGAAGAGAAUGUCUCAGCGGAGCACCAUCUCCAGCUGUGGAGUCACCUUUGAAAUAGUUUCUAACAUCCCAGGAGACAUCCACGGUCCAGAGGACAGGGAGAUGCUGGCCAGGCUGGCUGCCAGUGCCGAGGAUGAUCAGUCAGCUGACAGCGAGGCGGCCAUAGAGAAAUACCUUCGUAGUGUCCUGGCUGUGGAGAACAUCCUCACUCUGGACAGACUGAGACAGGAGGUGGCUGUGAGGGAACAUCUGGUAUUCAGAGGGAAAGCUGCCACACGUUGCCUGAGCUCUCCGAACAUCAACCGGCUGUCAGCCAGCAGUCUGGAUCUGUGCUCCUCCACUCAUAACCUCAAAUACUUCAAGGGCUGGGAGAGCCAUCAGGACCUUUCUGUGGUGCCGCCUCCUUCCAGACGCACACUCCCGGCCUCCUUGUCCCAGAACCUGAGUGCAGAGACUGUGAAGGCUGUACCCAGGCUACUGAAGUCACUGCUUCCUGGUGGAAAAGAAGAUAGAGACCAGACAGCUGUCCAUCAGCAGAGUCUGCCGCGCAUCGUGGUGCAGUCAGCCAGUGUUGAAGAGGGCAUGAGCAAACACCAGCAGCCAGUGCCCACUGAGGAAACCAUUCCUGUUGACAUCCAAAGGGAGAUCCCCAGAUCUGUGCAUCUUCCACCUCCAAUCAUCCCAGAGACCGAAGACUCCACUUCCAGCCCAGUGAGUGACACUUCCAGUGGAUACAUAUCAACCAGCGUAUCUGCAGUAACGUUGUCAGAAGUCUACACAUUGAGCUGGGACUUGCCUCCGCCAUCUGAUAGCAGAGCAGAUGACUUUGAAGCAGUGCUAGAUGAGGAAAAAGAGGAAAAUGGUGUGAUGCAGAAGGUCUCUCCUUUUUCUUUCACUACACAAUCAGACACUGGUCUUGAGUCUCCUUUUCUAGACCAAUCAGGUCCUCAGGAGUCACUGCUAUAUUUGAAAGAGAAAGCAGAUGCAGAGAGUAUGAACCAGCAGCCAUCCAAAUCAGAUGUUCCUCUCAGUCAGCAAGAAGCAAAUCAGUUACCAACACACCAGUUAAAGGAGGUAGAAAAACCCGAUCCAGUUGCAAAAGCAGAAUUGCCGGACCAGACCGAACAAAAACAAGAUUCAACGGUUGCCCACACUGGAUCAGAACGAUUAGAUCAUUCAGAGACAUACAAAGAUUCAGCAGUAGCACAAGAAAAUGAGACCAAACAGACAGAAUUACUGCAUAUAGACCAAAGUAAACCAAAGACUCCUUCAAAAGACGAUCUUGAGGUGGCUGCCACAACCAAAGCAGAAUGUCAAGUGGCUUUUUCUAAUGAAACACAACCAUCUACCCAAGAAGGAGAGAGGCAAUUGGAAUCGACCGUCCCACAGCCCCAACAGCCCACACAAGACCAGACAGCUUCUGAGAGUAUUCAAGAUCUAUCUCCAAUUCUAAUCCCAGCUUUGUCUGAAGCCUCAGCUCCUGAUCCAGAUCCACCCGUAGACCUGGGUGCUCAUGCUUCAUCCAAGGAACAGUCAACUUCUGAUCUCCCUGACACAAAUGGUGCCUCCUCCUUAUUCUCAUCUUCAGCCACCAGUGAGGUUCAGCAGCCAGCACUUUCUGUCAAACCUGCCAUGGGCCUCAUUCCCGCUUCCAAAUCUGGUUCCUCAGUAGCCAACCCCUUCAAGAUUCAGAAAGUGAAGUCUUCAGACCUCAAGUCCUUUGUGCAGAUUGUGGGUGAGGAGGAGGGUAAACCUGCUCAAGUAGACCAAGCCAGCAACUUUGGGGCAGGACUCUCAGUGCCAAUGGAAAGCCUGGAAAUCAUAUCUGACUCAGAAGAGGGAGAUACAGCUGCUUCUAGCAUUCUUCCUGAUUGGUUAAAAGAAGGGGAAUUUGUGACUGUGGGGGCCAAUAAGAAUGGUACAGUGCGAUAUGUGGGACCCACAGAUUUUGCAGAGGGUACUUGGGUUGGAGUGGAACUUGAGGUACCAGCAGGAAAGAACGAUGGCUCAGUUGGUGGUAAGCACUACUUCCAUUGCAACCCUGGUUAUGGGGUGCUGGUAAGACCUGACAGAGUAACCCGUAGCGGUGCCAAACGCCGUCGCCAACAGCAGCAGCAGCAGCAAAAGCGCCGUAGUACCAACCUGUCGGGGUCUAGCCCAAACCUGGCAGCCCUUACAGCUCUGGCCAAAGGUGAAGGUGGCAUGGGAUCAACCAGUCGCAGCAGGGGAGACAACCGUAAGUCAUGGAACACUUAAGAAACUAAAUGGAGCCACCGUACAAACCAAGAGGCUGGUUGGUGUGGUUAAAGGCCAAGCAAAUGUUUUUUGCUUUUCCUGUUAAGGGACAUUCCUACCUGAUGUACUUGGGAAAUAUUGAAUGUUUCAGCUGAAAAUGUGAAUUUUUUUUUCCAUACUUGCAUGCUACUAAAAUGUUUUAAUAUAUUUAUUCAAAUGACAUUAAAUUACAAACAACAAUCAAAAUUUGUACUCUUUUAAACUGUUCUGCUACUCAUAUUGCCAUUUAAACUAGCUGAAGCACUGGAAAUACACUAUGGAUGUAUUUGCAUAAGGCGUUGUACUGUGCAUGAGAAAAAUUAAGCUCAUGAUUUUAUGGAUAUUUUAGUUUAUUUGGGGCAUUUUUUUGGACACGGUGACACACUUUACGCUCACCUUUGUUAACUAAGCCACUGAUUAGGAAGCAUGCUGGGCCACAGUUAAUAAUCACACUAUAUGUAAGUUCCUGACCCUAAAUAAACCAGGCCUGGUCAGGGCACAGUAGGCAGCGAUCACACUAGUAAAACAAACUAGACUUUGUGGCUCAAAUGUGCUUGGCAUGAAUUGCUGAGCAUAAGUUCAUCUUAAAAGUCCAAAGGUUAGCCAGUUUCUUUCUUUUUGCCUUUGUGCUGUUCAAAAGAUACACACAUCUGGAUUUCUGUCUAAAACAAAAUUGUUUUAUUUUGUAAUGUGUGUAAUUUUGUGCUUGUGCCUUGAAAUGCUUUGAAUAAAGCCUUCGAAAAAUGCCUUAGCCAUAUACCACCAAACUGUGUAGUAUUAACUGUUAAAAAUUGCGGGUCUUGAUUGUGUGAUUCUACUGUUGGAAAAAUAAUUGCACUCUUUAAAAAUUCUACUGGUGGAAAUUUUGUAACAGUUCUAAAUCUGUAUUUUCUCUUCCUGUCAAGCAAAUGAGGUGAUGUGAUUUGUGUGAGAAUGUGUGUCUUUACUAGUGGCAUAGCCUGUGUGUUUUGGAGCCUGUCGAUUGGUUGGUGAGGAUACUUGAGGGAUUUCGUUUUGAAUGUAUUUUAGUUUUUUGUCUGGCCAAUAAGGUAUUUUAUACAUAUGCAUUUAAAAUGAUCAAGUUGACUGUUUGAAUGUUUAU